AGCAAAACACACAAUGUGCAGAAGAAUCGUGUUAGUGGUUUUGGCACCAAACAAGGCAAUUACAAUGAAUUAUUUCCAGUUAGGGGUUAUAUAUAGAGCGUGUGACAAACCCAAGGUUGAAUUGUGCUGACGGCUAAAGGGAGGAGUACGCCUGUGUCGCUGCAUUCCUUUGCCACUGUUGAGAGUCGUGUGUCUGACCUUGUGCACCGUCUUACAUGAAAAGAGUUGAACUCAUGCAAGUUCAAAAUCACAACAGGAUAUUCGAUACAUUAAGCUAAUUAACUGUAGUGCAAUGUACUUACGUCACAGCAGCUCUUUAAUAUAGGAGCACCAGUUAAAAGUUUCUGUGGAGUUCACCAACGAGAGGGGCCUGUAAUGCCGCAUUUUCAACACAAGAGGGCCACUAUGUGCUGCCAUCAUGCAGCUGGAAAAUGGAACUGAACAAAAAUACAAACACUGUUUAAGUUCUGGUAUGAAAGUCACUGCCAUCGUUUGCCUAUAAGCCAGAACCUGUUCUUACGUAAUGAUUAUCUUAACUUAAGGCAUCUUCUUCACGACUACUGUUAGUCGAUGACAGUAAGCAGCGUAGCUGUCCUUCCUUCCCAUCUCUCUGUCCAUUGGUCCCGUGCUGAUUGUGGGGCGGUAAGGUGUGGCUUUCGCCGUGAGCCUCCUGGAGGGCGCUCACAUGCGCAAAACCCCAAACAGCCUCAAGUCCGUGACUCGUGGUGCGCGUCUUCAGCGUCUCCACUGUGCGCAGAGAAGCGGAGUAACAUGAAAAGUGCCUGGAACUUUUCUGGGUGUUUACAGGAGCUCCACAAAUAUCAGCUGUUGACAGUUCCUAAGUCUGAUAAGUGGUGCCCUCAUUUGACCAAAAAUAACUUGGAGACUUUUUUUUUUUUUUUCUGAAGCUAUGAGAGCUGCGUGCUGCGCUCCAUCCCACUGAAGCUUUCUCUGCGAGCAGGUGGAGCCCAGGUAUUUUCUGAAGGUAUCUGAGGCGUAGGCAUGCCAGCCCCCCCUCCUCCACCCCCGCCUCCCCCAGCCCCCCCUCCACCACCGCCACCCACGGUCGUCCUGCCACAGUGUCCAGUGGAGCCACCUAAAGUCCCGUCUGGUGGCGGUGGUGGAGGAGGCGGAAGGAAUGCCCUGCUGGCCGACAUCCAGAAGGGAGCCAAGCUCAGGAAAGUGGCCCAGGUCAACGACCGCAGUGCCCCCGUCGUCGAUAAGCCCAAAGGAAACAGUGGAGAUAUUUCUGGAAAUGGAGGCGCUUCUCAGGGCUCAUCAGGUGGGAUGGCACCUGUAGGACCCUCUUUGAGUGGUCUAUUUGCUGGAGGGUUCCCCACUCUGAGGCCCAUCGGACAAAGAGACUUAGCAGGCAAGACUCCAGUGUCUCGGUCGAGCUCAUCAGCCUCCAUGAAGCCGCUGUGGAAUCCGCCCUCGUCGGCCGACUCCAGCAGCCUACCUGAGCCUCACAGGACGGCAGAGAGCCACCGUCCACUCCCUCCCUCCUCCUCUGCUCCCCCCUCCCCAUCUCACGGCAGCAAGCACUCACCCCCUUUUCCUGCUUCCUCCCCGCCUCCGCCGCCGCCUGCGCCUCCCUCUGCUCCCCCGCCGCCUCCCCCACCUCAGGCCUUCCAGGACCGACCCGCCAGCAGGCCUCCCCCUCUCCCCUCGUGCCCUCCACCUCCACCUCCAUCGCAGGUCACCAAGCCCACGUGGCUCCCCAUCCAGCACUCUCACCACACCUCCUUCUCCCAGCCCUCGACUCCUCCUCCUCCUCCUCCUCCACCACUGCCUCCACCUUUCCAACCUUCAACUGUCCCGGGGGACCGUUCCUCAGGCUGCUUCUAUCCUCCGCCUCCCUCUGCAGUUUAUUCUGAACCCUCUCGGUUCCCCAUUCCGCGCGACAGCCCAUUGGGACCUCCUCCCCCGCCUCCUCCUCCGCCUCUCCCAGCUUCCUUCACCCCGAGCUGCCCAUCCACCCUUCCUCCACCGCCACCAAAGGUGCCCCCAGUGCCUUCCCCAGCCAUGCGCUCUCUACCUCCCUCAUACCCCUGCAACGCUCCCACUCGACGCCCACCAGCUGUGCCCAGAAGUGCAGGUGUGGGUCGGCUGGCUCCUCCUCCAGCUCCUCCGGCACGUUCCCCGACCACGGAGCUGUCCACCCGCAUUCCUCCCCCGCCACCACCUCCCCCGCUGCCCCCAUCCAUUCUCAGGAAUGGGCACCUGCACAGCUUGGAUGACUUUGAGUCCAAGUUCCAGUUCCACCCCAUAGAAGACUUGCCCCCACCCGAUGAAUUCAAGCCUUUCCCUCGGAUCUACCCCAGCAAAGAAAACAGAGUAAAUGCUAAACCGCCUGGGAUCAGGACACACCUCAGAUGAGUCAUGUUAUCACUCUUCACUCCCGGACACACGGCGAAAAGGAAAAUACUCAGUCUUCAGAAACACAACCACUAUGGACGACCGUGGACAGAGGCUUUGUGUGUAUGUUGUUUGUGUUCACCGUGUUUGUGUGUGUGUUUAUGAAUAUAUGCAAGCGUCAGACAGUUGUCUCGCCUUAUUCUGACUGUGUGACCUCUGACCUUUUACAGUGUGGAAUGUUUUGAAUGUGUGUGAGGAGGAGGACUCUCCCUACUCGUACUCAUGAGCUACAUACAGACUCCACACACAUACGCUCAGUGUCUUCCAUCAAGUAUAUUUAAUGUGACUCCUGACACAGAUCACCACAUUUCCAGCACAUCAUUAUCCAUGUACAGUAUAUAAUGCUCAUUAGAGAGUUUUGCCUCUACAGUGGCAUUAUGAAAGUCUGCGUUUAACCCAGAUGCCUUUGCACAGUUUAAAGAUAGAAACCCCAUUUAAAACAAGACAAUCCUCUUAUAUUAUUUUAUAUAGUUAUAUGUUGUACUCUAUGUUGGAAGUUCUUUGUCGGCUGGUGAGCAUCAAGUGGCUGAAAAGUCAGUGAAAUCAAGUGUUUUUCUGGUAGCUAUGUCCUUGCACUGCAGGAUAGACUAACCUUUUGUGUUCAUAAAUCAUUGUACAUGUAGUAUUAUGGUGCUCUCCUGUGUUAAUGUGAUUUUUUUAUGAUAUUAUUGUUGGCUUACUGAUGGAUAAUAAAAUGAGGUAUGUCCUUUAA